AAAUCUCUCUGCGGCCUCUAUCUCUUGCAUGUUUAGUUGAACUAGGCAGUUAGUUAAGAAAGCGAGCCACGAAAGAUGAUAAGUUCAUUAGAUUUCUACCAUGUCAUGACAGCAAUGGUUCCACUGUAUGUGGCCAUGUUACUGGCGUAUGGUUCAGUGAAGUGGUGGAAGAUUUUCACCCCGGACCAGUGCUCUGGAAUCAACCGAUUUGUGGCUCUCUUUGCUGUCCCUCUACUGUCAUUCCACUUCAUAGCAGAGAAUGAUCCCUACACUAUGAACCUGAGGUUCAUUGCAGCCGAUACCCUCCAGAAGCUCAUUGUUCUCGGGGGUCUUGCUGUGUGGGCCAAUUUCAGCAAGAGGGGCAGUCUGGAGUGGUCCAUCACCCUGUUUUCCUUGUCCACUUUGCCCAAUACCCUUGUGAUGGGCAUCCCUCUGCUGAAGGGGAUGUAUGGGGAUUUCUCUGGGGGGCUUAUGGUCCAGAUUGUGGUGCUCCAGUGCAUCAUCUGGUACACUCUGAUGCUCUUCUUGUUUGAGCUCAGGGGCGCCAGGAUGCUGAUUUCGGAGCAGUUCCCCGACACGGCAGCCUCCAUUGUCUCAAUCCGUGUGGACUCAGACAUCGUGUCGUUGGACGGAAGGCAGGGGCUGCUGGAGACAUCGGCGGAGGUGAAAGAGGACGGGAAGCUGCACGUCACGGUGAGGAGGUCGAGCGCCUCGAGGUCGGACAUCUUCUCGAGAAUGUCUCACGGGGGCGGCAUUGUUACCCCGAGGGCGUCAAACCUCACCAAUGCCGAAAUCUAUUCCCUGCAAUCGUCGAGGAACCCGACCCCCAGGGGGUCCAGCUUCAACCACGUCGACUUCUUCUCCAUGGCCGCUGCUAGAAAUUCCAAUUUCAGUGCUAGGGACGACGUGGUUGGGCCAACCCCCCGGCCUUCUAACCACGAAGACGAGAGUACUAAAGCUAGAUCUCAUCAUCAUUUCUACCCGGCUCCAAACCCUGGCAUGUUUUCGCCUUCAAACAAAGGGGCCAAUAAUCAAGUCAUCGCCAAGAAACCCAAUAAUCAUGCACCGCUAAAGGGUGGGGAAGAGGGCGGGAAAGAACUUCACAUGUUCGUUUGGAGCUCGAGUGGGUCCCCCGUUUCUGAUGUCUUUGGAGGCCGUAACAACCAUGCAAUCAUUCCUCUAGACCAGCCUGCUAAUAAGGAAGUCAGAGUCCACAUUCCCCCAGCCAAAGAAUUUGAAGGUAGCAAGAAGAUUGAAGGUAUUGAUUACAAGGAGAUGAUGAAAAAUAAAGAUGUAGAAAUGAACAACAAUGACAGAAUUGUUGGAGGUGGGAAAGUCGUGGAAGAGAGGAAAGUGAAGGGCAGCCCUCCAACAAGUGUGAUGACAAGGCUUAUACUAAUCAUGGUUUGGAGAAAACUUAUAAGAAACCCAAACACUUACUCCAGCUUGCUCGGCCUUACUUGGUCCCUCCUCUCAUUCAAAUGGAAUGUAGAGAUGCCUGCAAUAAUUGCAAAGUCCAUUUCUAUUCUUUCAGAUGCUGGUCUUGGCAUGGCUAUGUUCAGCCUGGGUCUGUUCAUGGCAUUACAACCAAAGAUCAUAGCAUGUGGGAACUCGGUGGCGACUUUCGCUAUGGGCGUUAGAUUCCUCACUGGCCCAGCUGUGAUGGCUGCCGCCUCCAUCGCUGUCGGCCUCCGAGGCGUUCUCUUACACGUUGCCAUUGUCCAGGCUGCUCUGCCUCAAGGAAUUGUCCCCUUUGUCUUCGCCAAGGAAUAUGGCGUGCACCCUGACAUUCUUAGCACUGCAGUCAUAUUUGGGAUGCUAAUUGCCUUACCAAUAACGCUGGUCUACUACAUUUUGCUGGGAUUAUGAACAUAUAUGGGACUGUCUGCUUCAAAUUUAAUACUUCGACCUAACUGCGAGCGCAAAAAAGGAGGGAACGAGGG